UCCUCCCAGAAAAAGAGCUGUGUGGAAGAGGCUGAGCUGGAGCCUGGAGGCCCCGAGGGCGAUGGUGACAAGAAAGGUGGCGCAGAGGGCAGCAGCGAUGAGGAAGGGAAACUGGUCAUCGAUGAGCCGGCCAAGGAGAAGAACGAGAAGGGGGUGCUGAAGAGGAGAGCAGGGGACAUGCUAGAGGACUCCCCUAAACGUCCCAAGGAGUCAGGAGACCAUGAAGAGGAAGAAAAGGAGAUGGCUACCUUGGAGGGUGAGAGGCCCCUACCCGUAGAGAUGGAGAAGAACAGCACCCCCUCUGAGCCAGACUCUGGCCGGGGACCUCCAGAGGAAGAGGAAGAUGAAGACGAGGAGGAGGCUACCAAGGAAGAGACUGAAGCCCAGGGUGCCAGAGACCAUGAGAGCCUGUAGCCACCAAUGUUUCAAGAGGAGCCCCUGCCCCGUUCCUGCUGCUGUCUGGGUGCUACUGGGGAAACUGGCCAUGGCCUACAAACUGGGAACCCUUCCCCCCACCCCCCAAUCCACUCUCCUCCUUCACUCAGUUUCUCCUUUUUUAAGCCCACCUCCUGGAAACUGGCUUGAUCUUCACCUCCAGUUCCCUGUACCCUGUGACCUGAGUCAGGGCCAUGUGCUCUGGAAUGAGAUGAGGCCGUUAUCUCCUUAGAUUUGUCUCCUAGGACUUGCGUUGGGGUCUGGGCCGCUGUUUCCGCCUCUUGACACCUUUGCCCUCCUUGCAGGUACUCUAGACCUUUGGGCUGGGCGGGGCAGAAGAGGGGUAAUGGAAUAUUAACUUGAGUAUGGGUUCUUGGGUGGCAUCUCCUGAGCUCUUGCUCUUACACCUAUUUUCCCAUCUGCCCAAAUUCAAGAAAAGGGGACACUGGGAAAGAGGCUCCCAUCCAUCCAUCCUUUGAUGAUUUUGAGAACUUUUUUUUUUUCCUGAACCCUAGGGUUCAAGGAAUUAUAGUUUAACAUCAAGACUUUGGGGUUUCCACAUGGUUAGGGUUAAGGACCUGGAGAGCUGAUAAUCUGAAAGAUUAACUCAUCAGUUGUAGUGUCUCUCUAGAUCUCAGGUCAGAGAUGGGUAAUGGGGGUGGGGGAGACCCUGCUGCCUUCUUCCCCCUGAGCUCCAGGCCAGCCUCUAGUCAGAUACAUCACCCAGACAGAAAGGAAAAGAUACAUUUUUUAGGAAAUGUUUUUAAUAAAAGAAAAUUACAAAAAGGAAAAAAAACCAACCUGUUAAUCCCAACCCUUUGUGUGCCCCCCACUACUGACCCAUUUCUGGGGUGCACUGGGAGGCUCCCUUUCUGUUCGAGUUGAUGACUCCUUGGAGCUGGUCCUCUGGUGUUGGCACACAUUUAGCUUGUAGCCCACUGAAUACCGGGGAAAGUGCUCUCUCCCAGCCUCUUAUGGGGUUCUUACGCCCCCUUACUUCUUUUGUUCCUAUCCCUCCCUUGGGCUCUGAAGAAAAAUUGCUGACUGUAGCUUUGGAAGUGUAGCUCUGAGAACCAUAGACAAUUUGAAUUCUAGGAAAAUAAAGCCGUUGAUUACUA